AUGGAUAAUACUGACGAAAUCGCGAUCCCAAAAUGGGUUUCCUUCACCAAAGAGUGGCAUACAAAACCAUACCCGGAUAUUUCCCCUAGUCGUAGGGGCCUGUCGGCUACUGGGAAGAACGUUGUUAUUACAGGAGGAGGUACAGGCAUUGGAAAAGCUGUUGCUAUCGCGUUUGGACAAGCAGGGGCCAGGAGUGUCUCUAUCCUAGGAAGGCGUCUGGAUAGACUGAAAAGCAGCGUCAUUGCGAUUUCGGCCGCAGCUCAGUCACACACUGAAGUUCUUUAUAGAACAGUAGAUCUUACCGACCGUGCGCAGGUCGAAGACGCACUUGCGAGCAUUACGAGCGCAGUAGGCAAAGUGGACAUAUUUGUUAACAAUGCAGGCGCGCUCCCGCCGCUGAAGCCAGUGGCAAAAUACGAUGCAGCGACAUUUAUGCGAGCCUUUGAAAUGAACGUCUUGACAUCGCUCAACGCCAUUCAAGCAUUCCUUCCUUUAGCCGGGGCUGAUCCAAUACUGCUAAACAUAUCAACCAACCUCGCUCACAUCAAACCUAUGCUAGGCAUGUCAGCAUAUGCGUCAAGCAAGGCGGGACAGCUUAAGAUGGUCGAGCAUUUUGCGGCAGAGAACCCAGAGUUGCAUGUUGUCAGUAUUCAGCCAGGGGUGAUUGCAACGGAAAUUGCCGGGCCUGACUCUAAUGUACAGGGUCAAGACGAAGUGGAGUUGCCGGGGCAUUUCUGCGUCUGGUUGGCAUCAGCUGAGGCAAAGUUUUUGAAAGGAAAGUUUGUGUGGGCCAAUUGGGAUGUUCGUGAGCUACUACAACGUAAGGAGGAGAUUCGCGACUCGCGGCUGCUCACGGUUGGUCUGGCUGGCGUCGCCAUGUAA